UCCAGAGCCCAGUACUGCCGGCACAUUCGACAACGACGGACGUGUGUUGCCCUUACACGGAAUAUCGUAUUUACUACACAUAAAGUUAUAUUCUUAUUGACUGUAAAAUCCGAUUGUUAAAUUAUUUGCAUAUGUGUAUAGUGUUUUGUUUAUUUAUUAAAAGUGUUAUUUGAGUGACAAAAAAAAACUUUUUUUCUGUUUAUAAUAUUCCCAACAUCGAUUUAAAGAUCUGCGUUGCCAGGGGGCGGAGCGCCAUGCGCGGCAGGCAUCCGCGCGGUCGGCUGGCAGUAGGGGGCACGGCCGCCCUGCUGGCUGCCGCCGCUCUGGGCGUAGCCCUCACCUGGAACCAGAUAUUUGACGCUGCACUAAGCGCACAAAUGGUGAUGAGUCCAACAUCCCGAACAUUCCGGGAAUGGGUGGAGCCGACUGUACCUCUCUACUUCGACGUCUACCUCUUCAACUGGACCAAUGCUGACCAGUUUCCGAACGAAAUACCGAACUUACAGGAAGUAGGUCCGUACCGAUUCCGCGAGUACCGGCGACACGUGAACGUGUCGUGGCACCCACACAACGGGUCCGUGUCAUACCGCACGCAACGCAGCUGGCAAUUCGACGAAAACAGCAACGGAACACUCGAAGAUAACAUCACUACACUAAAUAUUAUAGCGGCCUCAGCAGUCUACAGAUCAAGAGACUGGGGUUUCAUAAGACAGAAAGGCUUAGCGAUGGGCCUGGCGAUGUUCGGUCACCAUUUAUCAAUAUCAAAACUGGCAACGGAGCUGCUCUUUGAAGGUUACGAUGACCCUUUGCUGGACCUGGCUAAGAGUCUCCCAGCGAGUGCCACGGGAGGAGCGCCACCUGUCGACAAGUUUGGAUUAUUCUAUGGUAGAAACAAUUCAUUAGACACGGACGGAUUUAUGGAAGUGUCGACGGGUGCUGGAGGUGCGGCGGGCUCAUUACCUGGACAGAUUCUCAAGUGGAACUACGAGGACCAUCUGCCUUUUUACAGCGGACAAUGUUCAAAGUUGUCAGGUAGUGCGGGCGAGUUCAUGGCACGCGACUUGAGCGAGCAGUCGGGGCUGGAGCUGUUUGUGCCGGAUCUUUGCCGCACCGUGCUGCUGCAGCACACUGCCAGCGGCGCACGCGACGGCCUCGCGUACCACAAGUACGAGCUCACUGAGUCCAGCUUUGAUAACUCUUCAUCAUCGCCGGAGAACUCGUGCUUCUGCAACGGGGAGUGCGCGUGGGGCGGCGUCAUGAACGUCUCCUCCUGUCGCUACGCCUUAAAUCUCUUGAAUAUGUCUAUCAGUAAAUUGGGAGUUCCCUUGGAGGUAUCAGCAAGGUUCCAACUCAACAUCUGGAUUGAACCGACUCAGAAUAUAGAAUUAUUCGAGAAGGUGCCGAAGAUGUUGUUCCCUAUCUUCUGGGUGGAGCAGAAGGUGUACAUGGAGGAGCAGGUGCUGUCGGAGCUGCGCAUUGUGCGCGCGGUCCUGGACUGGGGCGGCGCGGUGUGCGCCGGCGUCACUCUCUUCCUCACAGUACUCGCUGUCAAGGUGCUCUGCUGUAAGAAGAAACCUAAAUAUUCUAGGAUACAUCGUGAUACAAACGAAACGCGAAAUCACAGAUCUAAAACUGAGGGAUCUAAACAUCAGAGAAAGAGCAAAAACUGUCGCAAGAGGAAUUUUCCUCGAGCUUAGUAAAAGAAAGACCUUGCGAAGUGAUAUCCGAAAAACCGAAAGAAGAAGAAGCAUUAAAAUUAAAUCCAUUAU